AUGCCGCGCUCAAUAUCAUCGUUGCACUCACGCACUGCGACCAAUUCAUCAUCUCAGCACAGUUCGGGUCCUUCUUCGAUCAAGACUCCUUCAGCGCGCAGUCAUGGCAGUACCACAGGAUCUCUCUCAACCAUCAGCAGCGAGCCUUUCAUCCAUGCAGACGCACUAGACACAACCAUUCAAUGGAUCCCCUCUUACUACUUGGACGACUCAUCACAACAUGACUCGACUAUUCGUGCACCUCGUCGCAAUGCGCUUGUCCACACGCCGUCUUCAUCCAUUUUCUCAUCCAAAGUCAAUCUACUGCCUCAUGGGUUGAUGCAACUGAUUCGCACAUCCAAACUUGAGCAGUCCUUGAAAGACAUGCUGUUGGCCAUGGUCAGAAUGAUCGUCCACACAUCUCAUCAAUUGUUUCCGUCUUCACACAUCCUACGCGGAGAUGUUGCGCGCGAUGUGGAAACCAUUUCGCAGGACAUUUGCGACUUCCUGGAUUUGAUCCUGGAGAAGCUCGAGCAGAGACUCGAUGCCGCGAGUUCGGCCACAGAUCAGCUGUCUGCUCAUCACAUGCCAGGCGAGGUUGCUCUAGAGGAAGUCACUAGAUGGAUCGACAUCAUUGAGUACGCACCUACUCAUGAUGAAGCCAAGAUCUUUCGUCGCAUGGCUACCCUCUACGAUGAAUUUGUCUACAUGCCUUUCAUCCAACUUCAUCGUCAGGAACCAGAGCACAACAUGUAUCUUCUCCUGGACACCUUCCUUGAUGCCAUCUUCAUCCGCCUACGUGCCAUCAUAGCCGCCGCUACUAGCGCUGACACGCUCGUGCACGAAGUCGAGAAAACCUUGGACGCUGCUGCCACGGCACAUGCAAACAAAGUCACCAAACGCCAUAUACCCUCGCAGUCCAUGCCUGUUGCCUACAAUCCUAGAUUGUUCGCCUUACGCCAGAGAGAGAACACAUUAUGA